AUGUCUGGUCUUACGAGGGUGAAGAGAGUCACUGACCCGUGGGAUGACAAGGUGAUGGACCGGAUCAUCGGCCUGGAAAAGAUUGCAACAGGUUAUGCCAGCAGCGGUAGUGAACACAGCGCUCAAGUAGACGAUCACGUAAUCUCGCCGAGUUUAUCUGGUAUUUUCUUUGGUUUUACUGUUGACGACGCCGGAGACUCGUCACCAGAAGUCAAUGAGUCGGAUUCUGAGCACGAUCCUUCAUUGCAUUAUUCAAGCGAGGAGAAUUUAGAUAUCAUUAAACGGAUUCUGCGAGGUGAGAGAGAUGCCUUUGAAGUAGGACUUUUAGGUGUUGUUUUGAAAUCUCUGGGAGUGUUUUCCAGCGUGAAGUCUAAUAGACAGAUUUUGCGCAGGAAUGUGAUGGUGUUUUUGAGGGAUAAAGGUUACAAUGCGGCUAUUUGCAAAACGAAAUGGGAGAAAUCCGGCGGAGUGACAGCCGGAAACUACGAGUUCAUCGACGUUGUUCGUUCGGACUCCAAAAGAUAUUUCAUCGAUCUGGAUUUUGCUUCGGAAUUCGUAAUCGCGAGACCUACUAAUUUCUACGAGAAUCUUCUCCAAUACUUGCCGAGGGUUUAUGUCGGUAAAACUGAAGAUUUAAAGCAAAUUUUGAAGGUAACAAGCGACGCGGCGAAGAUAUCGCUGAAGAGCAAAGGCCUGCACCUCCCGCCGUGGCGGAAGCACCGUUUCAUGCAGAACAAGUGGCUCGGUCCGUACCGGGGAACGACCAGCCUCUUUCCGGUUACAUUUUCCUCUUCUUCGCCGGCGUUGAUCCAUGGUUGCGCCGUUAAGUGCCGGACCACUGGUUUUGACGCAGCCGUUCACGACGGCCAACGGUGGUUGUUUCCCACGACAGCCCGCACGAGAUAA